AUGGAUGAACAACUGUCUUCGGCUAAUUUGAAAACUCCAGAUUUACUUGCAGCAAAUAAUCAACAUUCCGAUAAGAUAUUAUCCGAUAGUCGAACAGAAGAUAUUCAUUUAUUUUUACCAUUGGAUGUCAUUAAUACAAUCAGCAAAAGUUUGACCUUAUUUCAUGAUCAUGAUCACAAAAGUUCGAUUGAACUACCAAUUACAAAACAAACAGUGAUCAAACAAAUUCGAACUGAUCUAUCCACACUAACGAAUUCACCUGGAUUAGAUGAAUUCAACACGGAAAUUGCAGGAAUAAUUCAACAAGUAUUCGAUCGUACUACGACAACGAAUACAACUUUACAAAAUGCUAUACAAUCGAUCACUGACAAACAACAACAAUUGAAAAAUUCCUAUGCUGAAAAAUUGAAGGAUAAUGAAAAUGCGAUUACUUCUAUAUUUUCUCAGCCAUUUGUCGAUUCUUCGAAUUCGGAGAAUGUAUCAAAUGAAAAUCAAACAGAAAGCAAUUCAGUCAAACAAAUACGAUUACAUCAAUUUCGAGCUGAACAACUCUCGUUUUUUGCUGUGCAAUCAUUAAUAUCCAUGCUAUUGAUGUUACUUAAGUCAGUAGAAAAGUAUGAUUCCACUAUUGUUCAUCAAAUGCUAAUUUUAACGAACCAACUUAUCGAACAAAUUCCAUUGAACUAUCUUUCAUCAGAUGUUUACAAACGAUCAAGUAAUUUGUUUAAAUCUUUGAAACCAUUAGCCAAUUAUAUCAGCGAAUUAUCGAUGCAAACUGAAAUUGAUCCUAUUGCAUCAAAUCAAUCGAUUAAAAUCUUAUUGAAUUUUUCGAUUGUCAAAGGAUCAUUCAAAGAUGUUCUAUCAUUAAUAGGAAAAUUAAUUUUCAAUACAACUGAUAUUUAUGAUAUAAGAAAGUUAUUCAUAGAAUUGAAUAAAGAUCUAACAACAAUGAUAAACCAAUUUCAGAAAGACAAAAAAAUAUUAAGUGACACAACAAUAACUACACCACAGAAUGUUGCAGAUACCGAUGGAACAUCCAAAGAACAGGACAAGCCAGAAGCCGAAUUAUCUACUGAGAAAAUAUCCGAUAUCGAACGUAAUUGUUUGGCUUCAUUGGAAUAUCUCAAAUCAAUUGAAGCGUUUCCAAGCACACAAUUAAUAGCAUCAAAGGAAAAGAAAUUCACUGGUCAAUUCAUAUCUUCAAUAUUACUUGUUCAUAUUGAUUUAUAUAAUCAACUUCAUGCGGAAUCACAAUUCGAACGUGGUUCUAUGUAUGGUUCGUUUUCAUUCGAAUUGGAAUCAGAAACAUUCAAAUAUUUAUAUGAAAUAAUCGAACAUUUAACUAUGAUGCAAUCAUCAUCGAACAAUAAUCUCGACUAUAUCGUCACUGUUUGUCUACGAUUAUUCACGACCCAUUUAAAAUUUUUAAUCACUUCAAAUAAUGAAAAUUUUCAUGAUUUUAUGAAUGAAAAUGAUAUUGAAAAAUGGUUCAUAUUGAUAUCAAAGUUUACUUUCGAUGAUAAAUCAGAAGAAAGAAAAAAAGAAGCAUCGAAAGCUUUGAUCUAUUUAAUUGAUAAGAAAACAUUAUCAUUUCCCAAAACGUUAACAUUCUUUUACACACAUAUCAUGGAAAAUAAACAUCCGAUAUUAGUUCAACAAAUAUUUGAUAAAUUAGCACAAAAUAUAUUUAUAUAUAAAUGGAUUGAAACUCUAUGCGAUGAUCAUAAUGUUCAAGAUAAAACAUUGGCAUAUACAGUCUUACAUUCAUUUAUUGAUAUUGUCUUAAAACCAAAUUCGAUGGAUGUUGAAAAAGUCAGUCAACUACGCAAGAUUAUAUUCAUGUUUCAAGAAUUACUAUUCGUUCACUUAAAUAAUCAACCAAUCGAUAUAUCAAAUGAACUCCAAUUAUCUGCUCUAUCGACACUUGGUAUGGAAUAUACCACACAUGUCAUCCAAUAUUGUAUCCAACAACGAGUUCAAAGUAUUUUAUUACAACCACUUCUUUAUGAUCUAUGUGCUCUCACUGAAUCGAAAUUUAACUUUGCUAAUAUACAACCAAUUUUUACUGCUAUUCUACCUAUAUUUGCCGAAUAUUUAACACAAACAACAAUUGAUGUAGACGAUAAAAAUAUCUAUUUAAUUUCAUGGUUAUUAGGAAAGAUGAGUCAUCGAUUAAUUAUCGGUCCACAAGAAAGUCCAUUAGAAAAAAAAUAUAAUACUACAUUGAAAUUACCAUUAUUUGCUGGUGGAUAUGAAACAUUCACAAUAGAUAGUAAUCCAUAUUUAUCGAAUUUAUUCAAAUCUAAUUUAACUGUUUACAGUCAAUUUGUAGUACCCUAUCGACGGCAACAAUCAGUAUUAGACAGCGAGUUUUUACUUUCGAUUUAUAAUAAUACUGAUCAAGGUGCACAAUUAAUUUCAAAAAUGAAAUCAUUUAUUCGAGAUAAACAACAAAUCUUACAAAAAUCAAUUGAAUCGAAUGCUAAUGAUGCUUGUGCUGCAGUAUUUGCCGUCUAUAUAAAACAUUAUCGUCGUAUUGAUUUAGCUCAACGUGAAUUUACUCAACCGAUUGAUCAAAAACCUCAUGCUAAACUUCUCUCACUUUAUGAAUAUGCUAAUCAAGUACGAAUGAUUUUCGCUACAACUAAAGCUCAAGGUGGUGAUUGUAAUGAACUUUAUAAAAAAAUUAAAAAUGAUACAUUAUUAUUACUUGUAUCAGUCAAAGAGAGUUCUUUUAUUUCAACAAUUAAAGAAGAUUUUUCAAUACCAAUAAUCAUCAACAAUCAAUUUAAAUUAAAACGACAAAAAUCACAUUGGACAAAAGCAAAAUAUAUUAUUCGACUACUUCGUAAUGUAUUGAAUGCUUGUGUACGAUUGAAAUAUUUAAUGUUAGCAAAAAAACAGGCUAUCGAACAAAAGAAAGAUAGUGAAAGUGUCAUGCAUCGAGCUAUUACUAGUUGUCUAUUUGGAAAUGAUAUAUCAACAUCUGUAAUGAAGAAUGAUUUGAAAAUUCAAUCUGAUGAAGUUGUUAAAUGUUUAAUUCGACAAUAUCAACGAGCUAUGACUAGAUGGAUUACAUAUGUAUUUAUUUAUCGAUUUAUCGAACAAGUAAUCAUUAUUAAAGAUAAUAAUCGAAUUUUAAAUAUUCUAAUUAUGAAUUUAAUGAAUUUAAAAAGUAAUAAUUUAGAUUGGCAUUAUCUUGAAAAUAUUCAAGCAUCGAAUAAUCAAUUGAAAGAAGAUAUUGGACAUCGAUACUAUUCAAUUGUCAAAAAAAUACUAUCAUUUUCAAACGAAUCUACAUUUGAACCUAAUAUGAAAACAGUAUUCAUGUUUUGUUUAUUUAAUCUAUUAAAUCUAUCAUAUGAUUCAAUGGAUUUAUGUCAUUUCAAUCAUUUUCAAUUUAUUCCUGAACUAUUUAAUUCGUUUGUUAGAUUUGCUCAAAUAGAUUCGACUAUCACCAUUUCAAAAGAUAUGAAACUAACAGCAUUCAACUGGUUUCGUCUAUUUGUAUUAAAAUUAUGUGAUAAUAUUGAAAUAGAAGAAUUGCGAAGUACACAUUUUGGUAGUCGAAAAUUUCAUCAUAUCUUACAACAACAACGUGAUUUGAUUUUUAGCAAGUUAAUUUUAACUGAACUCAAACAAUUGCAAGAAAAUAAAGCAAUAUCAACAUCGGAAAAAGAAAAUGGAAAUCCAUCAUUGAAAAAUGCUUCCAUCGGUUAUUUUAUGACAUCAUCAUCAUCAACAUUUGAUGUCGAUGCUUGUAUCAAUCAAUAUUUAAUGCUUCUACUUCGUUGUAUUCAUUUGUAUGAUCAUAUUCGAUCAAAUUGUAGUACAAUGGAAUGUAUUCAACAAUUAUUGAGUUUAUAUUAUCAAAGUCAACUUCUUAAUACUCGUAUAUUAAUAUUAAAAAUUCUACGUGAUCUAUUAGUCUUCUUACCAGAUAAUACGAACGCAACAACAUGUCGAUGUUUUGUUGAAAAUUUAUUAACAGAUAUUUUACUUUCUAUUGGUCAGAAUUUUAAUUUAUUGGAAAUAAAUAAAAUAGAUCUUGAUAUUGUCAUUGAAUUUAUUUAUAUUUAUCGUACGAUUAUGUCACAAAAUUCUCCAUGGCAAAAAAUGGCAACUAAAUUAAUUAUUGAUGCAAUUAAAUCAAGUACGAAUUUCAAUUUUACAUCGUUAGAAUCUAUUGAAAACCGACAAAUGAAUAUCUUUCUUGCAUCCUUAUGUAUCUUAGGUGGUUAUAUUGAACCAUAUUGUUUAGGAUCAACAGUAGAAAUUUAUGACAUUGAUAAAAAUAUUCAUGAAUCAAAAUCAGCAACUAUCCUUGAAAUCGAUACAAAUGCUCUUGAAUCGGAUUCAUCUGAUGUUAAACCUUAUCUCGUGCAAUAUGCUGCAACAAAUCAUAUCCAAUCGGUUUCAUCGAAUCAAUUACGUAUUAUUACCGAUGUUCAACCACCAAAUCUCUCACUUUUACCAAUAGAUAAUGUAGUUCAUAUUAUUCUUGAUACAUUAGGCUUUCUUGCACAAAUUGAUACAUCGAAAAGUGAUUCAUUGAUAUUAUUACAAAUAAAACGUCGUGCUAUAAUAGCAUUUUAUUCAUUAUUAAAUAAUAAAUCAAUUGUCGAUAUUUUCAUGCAAAAAUCUUAUGCAUCUCUUAUUGCUAAACUAUCGAUAUCGAUUGAUAAUAUUGAUUCAACUCAUAGAAAAAAACCGAAUGAUUUACGAUUAUUUGAUCGAUUACAUCUAGAACAAUAUAAUUUAAGUUUAGAUAAAUGUGCGAGAACAAAACAAAUUGUAGAAGACGAACCUGCUGUUGUUCGUAAUAUAAAUGGAUGGAAUCAGAUCAAAAUUAAUCGUGAUCCUCUUAUUCUACAAAAUCUAUCUGCAACGAGUUCGAUUGACGAAGAAUGGAGACCGAUUAUAUUUAAAAAUGAAAUACAAACUUAUAAACGAGGCAAAAUUGGAAAUGAUGAAAUUCAUAUUAUUGCUCGACCUGCCAAUGAGAAUCUACCGCCAUUAGAAGAAUGUGGUGAUAAACAUAAAUUCAAAGGAAGAGUUAACAUAACCGAUGAUAAUGGAAAUAUUCGAUAUCCAACUUUUAUUGUUGAUGGUAUAGAAUUGAACGAAGGAAAAUGGUAUUUUUGUGUUAAAUUUCUAUUAGGUGGUCAAGCACAAGUUGGCUGGGCAACAAAUGGAUUUACUCCUGUACCAGAUAGUUCACAAGGUAUUGGUAAUGAUCAAUAUUCAUGGGGUUAUGAUGGAUCACAAGGUAUUUGUCAUCAUAAUCAACAAAGUAGUUUUCGUGAUGAAAUUCGUUGGAAUGCAGAUGAUAUAUGUGGUUGUGGUAUUGAAAUUGAUGGUGAAAAUACUACUAUCAAAUAUUGGUUAAAUGGUCAAUUUUUAGGUACGGCAUUUUCACAUUCAGAAAAUACUACUAUAGAAUCAACCAUUAAAACAAAUUUAUUGCCUCAUGGACUUAGUACUACAUAUUAUCCUGGUGUUAGUAUACAAGUCUAUAAUAAUGUGGCUAAUACAGGUGCUGUUGAAUUUAUUUUUAGUCCAGAAGAUAUGAUUCAAUGUCCUUUACCAAAAGGUUACAAGCCAUUAUUAAUACCAACAUUAAUGACAAUGGAAAAUGUACUAGUAGCUUAUCCAUAUAGUGCCUAUCUUAUUGGUAAUGAAAUUGAACACUAUUUCUAUACGAGUCGAUAUUUGAAAAAUGAUGAUUUCACUGACAAGAAAAUUUCGUUGAUACGUGAUUUUGUUAAUGAUCAUCAUUGUGAAGUUCCAUUCAAUAUUGAUAUGAUAACACAUGAUCAUCAUUUAUUGAAACUAUCAGAAGAUAGUGAUGGUUUUCCUUUGUCAAUUGAUAAUUCUCAAUCGUUGACUAUUAGUUUCGAUUUUGAAAUUAUUACAACAGAAGAAAUGGAAAAUCGUUCUGAUGAACUCGAUAUUAUAUUAUUUGCAUUGGAGAAUGAAAUGAUUUCUAUUCGAAUAUGUAUGAAUGAUAUAAAUGAUGAUUUUAUUGAUGAAACAAUGAAAUAUCGACAACGUGUUGCUAUUCUAUUUCAAACAAAUGAACAAGCAAAAGUUUAUAUCAAUAAUAAAUAUCAAACAUUGAAUUAUUGUCAUCGUUUUGAUCUAACAAAAACAUCCAAACUCAAUCUACAACUUUUACCAUAUCAAAAUGUUGGAAUUCGAAAUUUGGCUGUAUGGAAAUAUACAUUAUCGGAAGAACAUAUUCGACGUCUUUUCACAUAUGGUCUCUUGUAUGUUGCUGUUGAUUAUCAAAAAUUAAAUGAAUAUCGAAAACAAGCAAAUACAUUCGUAUUUAUGGCAGAACAAAAAUAUUUUACAAAUGACAUACUAAUUCCAUUCAAUGAAUCAUUUCAAGAAAACCUAUGGGAGAGAAGAAAACAAUAUGUUGAUCUUGAUGAAUCGAUCUAUUUUAAGACAAUAUCAGGCACUAAUCGAUCGGUCGUACAAUUGUUCGGAAAUAAAACUUAUCUAGUUUUAAACACUUCAAAUCAAGUAUGGUCCGAAUAUACGUUAAUUCUUGAUAUUUCGAUACCUAGUUUUCCAUUAACAAACGAUCAAUCAGUUGCAUUGAAUAAUGAGACUCGAUUAACAUUAUUGACAUUGGAUACACAAUCAGAAAUUUAUCUAACACAUGACGGUCAUAUUUGUCUAUCCGGAGGACAUCAAAGUUCAUCAAUAGUGAAAUUACAAGAAUACAUUCGUUUGCUCAUUUCUGUUCAACAGAAAUCUGUUCAUAUCUAUGUCAAUGGUUCAUUAGAACUCAAUGCAUCAAUUAAAGAUGAUCAAUUUGCAACGAAAUUGAAACGUAUCGACCUAUUUCGAGAAAUAGAUUUGACUAAAAAUACUACCGGUAAUGAUCAAUUACGAAUUGAAUGUCGAUCAAUAACAUUUUGGAAUAAAUCAACCGAUAUUGUUCGUCCAUCAUUGGCUAAAUUGAUUCAAUCAACUGAAUAUUCUUUAGAUCAAGUAGUUGCGCCACCGUUUUGGAUUCUAUCAACAAGUCUCAUUGGUAUUGGUUAUAAAGAAGAAUCGAUCAAAUAUGUAAUGAAACAAUAUAAUACGACAACUAUUCAUUUUAUUGAUACCAUUCUACGAGAACAAAGUCAAGAAAUAGAAAAGAUACAUCAAGAUGAACAACAACAGAAAAAGAUCAAUGUAUUAGCACGAUUGAAUUCCUAUGACGAAAAUGGAACAUUAGCAAUGUUGAUGAAAUUUGACAAUAAUGCAAAAGACUUGUCAAUAACGACAUUGUCUAAUGAUAUGUUACCUGAUGAUGAUGAUUAUGACAAGACAUCCGAAAAUGAAUGGUAUCGUAAAACUGUUUGUGAUGUAGGUAUUCAUGAAAAAUUAACUGAAUGGAUGCGAGAUAAAACAGAAACAAGUCAAUUAACAAUGGAUGAUCCUCGUUAUAAACUUCUUGAUUUAACUAAACCAGAUUUCGAAGAAACAACAAUUGAUAAUGAAUUAAGAAAGAAAAUGAAAAAAUCAUUACAUUAUUUACAUCGACAAAUACCACGAAAAACUUAUAUUCAUUCACGUACAAGCUGUGAAUAUGGACUAAUAACAAUUUAUGCACGUUAUACAAUAUUGAAUAUGUUCAAAGUCUGGUACAAUGGUGAUCAUCAUAAUUUAUUUCCACUUAACAAAUUUGGUGACGGAAAUUUUAUUGUAACAUUAUUACGAUUGAUGGAUUAUCAUUAUACAUGUACACGUACACAUGUGGAUGAAACUAUUAAUAGAAUGAAAUUAUUGACAAUGUCAAUAUUAAAAAUUGAAAUAAAAGAAUUAUUGAAAUCUAUGACAGAUGAACAAAUUACUGACGACAUAUUGAAUAGAAAAGCUCAAUUAUUCUAUCAAUUACAAAAACAUGUUAUUGAAGAAUCAAUUCAUUUUCUUGCUGAACCAUCUUUAAUCGUUAUGAAUAAUUAUAAUGAUGAAACUAUUGAUGAACAAAUGUUAAUUAAACAAUCAAAUUUAGAUUUUCUUCUAAAUAUUGUAAAUCUCUUUUUAGAAUUAUUGACCGAUUUUGAGAUGAAAAAAUAUAAUAUCGAUCUAAUGAUUCAAUUAUUAUUUCCAACAUUAUUUAUCAAGAUACUUUUCGAUCUAUUUUUAUUAGUACCAUCACACCGAUCCAAAAUAUUCAUUCUCCAUAUUUUUACCACAUUGAUUCAAAAAAGUGAAAAUUUCAAACUUCAUAACAAUAUUCAACAUUUCAUUCUACAACUUUUUAUUGAAUUAACAACAAAUAAAGCAUGUCUAGAUAAUUUAGCAUUGAAAAAUUUUCGAAUUGCUAUUAUGGAUCUAGCAUUUUCUCUAUUCGGAAGACAAAAAGAAUUACUUCUAACAUUAAAUGAAUGUCCAUCAGAAGCACGUGAUGUAUCAAUAAUCCUUGAUGUUAUCAAUAUUUUAACAAACAAAACAAAACAAUUCCAAUGGCCUGAAUCGCUUCUUACUCAAUCAAGUACUAUUUUAGGCGAAAGACUUUCAUUAACUAAAGAUAUGGUUGCCAAGGCCGAUGUUCAUUUCAAUAGAAAUGCUGAUGAACAAUUAAUGAAAUUUAUGAAUCAGAAUAUUAAUCGUGAUUGGAAUCCAUUACCACAUGAAUCACUUAAUCAAUUUAUCGAAAGUCUAUCAACCGAGUCUGUUUCUGAUACAACCAAAUAUCAUUCAUUCAGUUAUUUACGUGAUAUACCAUCAAUACAUAUACAAACACGUGCUAAACUUUUCUAUUUAUUCAAUAUAUUUAUUGGAAAAGUUUUACUAAUAAUUGAUUUAAGUUUACCAUCAGGUAGUAGUACUCUUACCGAUCAAAUUCGAGCAGCACGAAAUUAUAUAUUACAUACAACAAAAUUUCAAUUGUUUAAUGAUACUUUAGCUCAAACUGCAUCUAGUGCAGGAUCAUCACAAGAAGAUGUAAGAUUUGAUACUGUAAAAGCUAGUCUUGCUGAACAUCCUGAAGAUACAAUGUUCUAUCAAGCAUAUCAGCAAUUGUAUUCUAUUGCAUCUCAAACAUUUCGACGAACAAAUGAUGAAAGAGUUUGGACAGCUAUUUUUAUCGGCAUGCAUAGUAGUGAUGGAGGUGGACCUUUUAGAGAUUCAAUAACACGUAUGUGUGGUGAAUUAUGUAGUACAAAAUUACCAUUAUUUAUUCUUUGUCCUAAUGGACGAAUGAAUAGUGGUUCAAAUCGUGAUCGAUGGAUUCCGAAUGUUUUUCCACCAAAUCAAUCUAUACCAGAUGAAUUUAAAAAUCAAUAUCGUUUUCUUGGACAACUAAUGGGUAUGGCAAUACGUACAAGAAACUUUUUAGAUGUUCAAUUUCCAAUUUUACUCUGGAAACAAUUAGUACAAGAAAAAAUUACAAUCGAAGAUAUUGAAGCUAUUGAUAUAUCAAGUUUUUCUAUUAUCAAUCAAAUGGAAGAAAAUAUUAAACAAAUAAAAAGUCUCAAUGAAUCUGAAGAUGAUGAUGCGAAUAUCGAUCGUGAUUAUUUAUUUAGUAGUAUCAUGAGUGAAUUAGUAUUUGAUAUUGUAAGUUCAGCUGGACAAACUUAUGAACUUAUUCCUGAUGGUUUUCAUAUUCCUAUUACUGCUGCUAAUUUUGAAGAUUAUUGUAUACGUUAUCGUCAAUAUCGUAUCAAUGAAUUUUAUCGACAAAUUGAUUUUAUUCGUCAAGGUUUAUAUAGUGCUAUACCAUCAGCUUAUUUAACUCUAUUUACUGCUAGUGAAUUAGAAGAAGCUGUUUGUGGUAAAGGUUAUAUUGAUAUUGAAAUGUUGAAACGUCAUACAUAUUACAAUAGUGAUAGUGAAACUACGCCACAUAUCGUUCGAUUUUGGUCUGUUUUAAGCGAAAUGUUUAGUGAAGAACAGAAAAAAUUAUUUUUAAUAUUUGUUUGGGGACGAAGUACAUUACCGAAUAGAGACGAAGAUUUUUCUUCGAAUUUUUCACUAAAUCGUCUGGAAACAAGUGGCAAUGUCGAUGGUGCUCUUCCAAAAUCACACACAUGUUCAUUCGCACUUGAUUUACCUGAAUAUUCAACUAAAGAAAUCACGUAUGAACGUUUGAAUUAUGCUAUUACCUAUUGUUCCAGUAUCGAUAAUGAUUGGAAUAUGAAUUAA